UAAGCCGCAAGAAGAUCGCUUUCAAUGGAGAGUAUCUAAAGUUUAGAUUCUAAACUCUUCCUCUGGAGUAUAUGCCUCUAUUAUAGCCCCUCCUCACUAGCCACUCACAGCCAAGCACAUGGAGCAAGAACCGCCAAUCUCUCUGGUUCAAACCCACAUCCAAACCCAGUUGCCCACUUAGCAUCAUCAAUACCUCCAAAUGUCUCUAAUAGCGGAUUUUACACCUGGGUCUUCUCUAUUCCCACACACCCCAAAACCCAAAUCUUCAAACCGACAACUUAUUAGGCAUUCAAGCUGUUUCAAUGUCAGGCACAGAUUGCUGGUGAAUGGGAAACAAUGUGGGCUAGUUUCCCAGCUCUUCAGACCCCAAACCUUCAGGAUUAGAAGCUUUUCGAAGGAGGAUACAGAAAAUGAAAAUGAUGAGGCUGCAAUGUCUAAUGACAUUUUGAAUGGGCAAGAUGGGAUUUAUGAUGAGUUGCUUGGAAAUGUUAAAGUUACUCAGACUACUACAGAAAGUUUAUUUCUGGCUAAAAUAGCAAUUGCACUGGGAAUAGCUGCAACAGUUACAUUGAUAUCUAUUAGCAUCAAGGGUCCCACUCUUGGAUCAUCGAAUGGGCUUCAGUUCUUGCCAGAAAGCUCAUCCUCUUCAGCAAUGGCGGCGGCCCCUGUUGGUUUCACUUUCAAAGCUUUUGGCUACAGCAUUGUUCUUCCAGAAUAUGCACCAGGGUGGAUCUACUUUUGGUUGCUUAUGGCUGCAGGGUUUGGGCUUUUCAUCAGUGAAGAGGCUCUAAAUAUAUGGGUUGGCAUAUCUUUAGCCCGGAGGCUAUCUUUGGAUGGGACCUGGCAGUCAUUUGCUGAAUCUUUCUCGAGAAAUGCUCCGUACAUUGUAUCUACAACUCUUUGGGUGUAUUGGGGAGUAUGCAUUAGUGAUCUAAUACCUUUUUAUAUGGGGAAGCUUUUUAGACAAUCCAGGGCGUCUGAUGAUAUUUUUUCAAAGUUAGGGAUUGGCAAAGAGAAAGCUUUAAGCAUAACCCGUGCAGUGCAAAGAUAUGGCAACCUUAUUGGUUUUGUUGAACGCUUUUCCCUUGGAGUGAGAAAUCCAACAGCUUUUCUAGCAGGGACCUUAGGUAUAUCUCCAGAGUGUUUCUUUGCUGGAGUUUGUUUGGGUGGCUUGAUCACCCUUCCGAUCCAGUUCGGGAUAGGAUUCUUCUUGAGGGAGCGCCCUGUCUUUGCCCUAGCUACUGUUGCAACAGUUGUGGGCAUUUGGACUAUUUUCCCUUAUGCAGUGGCUACAUCAACAGCAUUGUUCCUUUACCUUCGACAACGUUACUCAACGUCGUCAGAAUAGGAUCCCAGACAAAAGUUAUUCAUAUUUGUAUGUACAGAAAAGUUGCUGUGAUUUGGUUAUGGGAAAAGACCCAAUAGUAAAUUUUGAAAUUUGACAUCACUACAUGUGUAACUUAUCAUUUAGACUUUUCUUGGAGUCCAGUUUUGAAAAUGUAAUCCAAAUCCCCACAUAAUGCAAAAAGAAUUUUAGAAUUUA